ACACGGCUGUGGACGCCAUUGGGACCAGGUGCCUUGCAUGGGUUAACUGCCCUGAAGGAUCUCACCACCUCAGACGGGAAUGGCUAGAGCGCAGCUCUCCUCAUCUACUGGGAGUUUCUCAGCAGUGUGGAGAACCAGCCAUAACAGACAUAUAAUGGAGGUCACCUUUAACCAAAGCACCUUCACCUUCAUAAAUGCAUCUGCAGCGUCAUCUGAGGUGUCUGAAAUCGUGGAUAAGGCCAUAAGCCUGGCCACUGUAGUCAUCCUCUUCAUCACCAUGGUUUCCCUUGGCUGCACUAUGGAAAUCUCUAAGAUAAAGGCCCAUAUCUGGAAGCCCAAAGGAGUGGCCAUCGCCGUGGUGGCUCAGUAUGGCAUUAUGCCACUCACAGCCUUCUCCCUGGCCAAGUUGCUUCAGCUGGGCCCCAUGGAGGCUGUGGCAGUGUUGGUGUGUGGCUGUUGUCCAGGGGGAAACCUUUCCAACAUCCUGGCCCUCGCACUCAAGGGAGACAUGAACCUCAGUAUUGUGAUGACAACCUGCUCCACUGUGUUGGCGCUCGGUAUGAUGCCCCUACUCCUCUACCUCUACUGCCGAGGCUUCUCCGGUCUGGAGGCCGCUGUGCCCUACACUGGCAUCACCAUCAGCUUGGUCAUGACCCUGCUGCCCUGCGCCAUCGGCAUCUUCAUCAACUACAAAGCGCCGCAGCAGGCCAAAAUCAUCACCAAGGUUGGGAUGAGUAUACUGCUGUUGGCAUUCACUACCAUUGGUGUUCUGGCUGGCAUCACACUGGGCAGUACCAUCCUCAUGGUGACGUCACCUCCACUCAUGAUCACAGCAGCGCUGAUGCCACUGAUUGGAUACAUACUCGGAUAUGUUUUGUCUGUUCUCUUCAAGCUCAACGAACCUUCUAGGAGGACUGUUGCUAUGGAAACAGGUUGCCAGAACCUCCAACUGUGUUCCACCAUCCUAAAGGUGGCUUUUCCGCCUGAGGUCAUUGGGCCGUUCUACCUCUUCCCCUUUGUCUACAUUGUCUUCCAAGUGUCCGAGGCGUUGGUCUUCAUCAUCAUCUUCAGAUGCCAUGAGAGGCUGAAAUCUUCAAAGGAAAAAGUGCUGUAUCACCAGGGCCUCCAAGACCUUCAGUAAAAACCUGACACAAAGGCAAAUGACUCACAAAUAUACCAUCCAAAGACGCACAGGCUGCCAAAGGCUGGUGUUAUUUUUCUCUCAUUCACCAAUACUAUAACGUUUUUUCUUAAAUUUGUUCUAGAGAAAGGUCCUGAGAAAAAGUUUGUCAAAUUUAUGACGUUCUAAAAGUGUCUGCACCUUUGUGCUCUUGAAUGUGUUUAGAUAAUGGUCUAUGCCAAGAAAAAUUCCUCAAUAAAAAACACUGGUGAUUCCCAAA